CCGACUAGCACCAAACAGCGAGCUCUGAUCGAGCCAACCACAGACGUGGGAUCGCUCAGGAGGUGGCGAAGUUGCUGGACAGAAACGCCGAGUGAAACUCCGCAGAACAGACAGUACCAAACUUUUUCGGCGAAGACCAGCUAUAUACUUUUAUUUAUAUUCUGGUACGGUUACAAGAGGGGACCCCUAAAAACCAAAAUGGGCUGGACCCUUAGACUGAACAGGGUACGCCUGCUGACGGUGACCAUCAUGGGGUCCUGUCUGGUUUUCGGAUUGGCGGAGGAUCCCAGAGAGUGCAGAGAGCAGGAGUACAGGGACAGAUCGGGGAAGUGCGCGCCCUGCAAGCAGUGCGAUGCCGGACAGGAGCUGUCAGAGGAAUGCGGCUUCGGCUACGGGCAGGAGGCUCGCUGCGUGCCCUGCAGGCCGGGGAGGUUCAAAGAGGACCGGGGCGCCCAGAAAUGCAAGGCCUGCCUGGACUGCGGCCACGUCAACCGCUUCCAGAAGGCCAACUGCUCCGCCGCCGCCAACGCCGCGUGCGGGGCCUGCCUGCCGGGAUUUUAUAGAAAAACAAAACUAAGCGGAUUCCAGAACAUGGAGUGUGUUCCAUGUGGAAACCCACCACCUCCAUACGAGCCCCACUGCGGGGGCCGGGUGAACCUGGUGCCCGUCCCGGCCACGGUGACCAGCCCGCGGGACAUGGCCCUGGCCGCGGUCAUCUGCAGCGCCCUGGCGUCCGUGCUGCUGGCCCUCGUCAUCCUCUGCGUCAUCUACUGCAAGAGACAGCUCCUGGAGAAGAAGCCCCGGGUGUCGGUGAGGUCACCGGACAUCGUCUGUAAUGGGGCGGAGCUUUCCUGUUUUGACCGGCGGCUGGUCCAUCCCUGCUGCCACUGCCACCAGGACCCGAGGCAGGCCUGCGGCCCGGUCCCUCUGAUCCCCACCCUGUGCUGUGAGGAGACCUGCAGUCUGGAGCGAGGCUGUGAGGCCUGUCCCCUCCACCCUCACGGAAGCCUGGGCGACGGCCUCUCCUACCCUGCAGGGGGUGCCGUCCCUCCCAGUCCGGGCCAGAUGUCGGACUCUACCGGCAUGGACCCCGACGAGGCCUGGCCGCUCACGGCGAACUCCGAGAGCCCGGACGGCUCCCGAUGUUACCUGGACGACCGGGAGAGUCCCCUUACGGUUAGCCUCGCCCUCCAAGGACCGACAUCCACGGGGGAGGAGCCUCCCUACCCAGAAGCCCCGGAGGAGCUCCCGGCUGACCGGCCCACAGAGGGCCAGGCCAAGAGCGGGAGCGGCAGCCUGACUGAGAGUCAUCCAAAGCCCCAGAAUUCAUUGCAAGAAUAACACGGAUUUAGAGGAUUUUGUUUUCGGUGUUUUUCAACCCUGGAAUCGGCCCUAAUGAGAGAGCAGAACUGCACGUUCCGGUGUCACGUUUCGCCGGCCCCAAACCUCCAAAGAGAAGAAGAGAGCACCACACUCCCUUUCACGCGUCCCCUAAUCCGGGGCCUGCCAGAGCGCCUGCACGCCGGACCACGUAAAUGCUUUCAGGCGUUUAUCUGAAAAAGCAAACGCACGUCCACCAAGGGGGGGGGGUGGGGGGGUGGGGGGAGCAAGAGAAGACUGCAAAAGAGACACACAAGGAAGUCCACUGCUGAAUGGGAGCUGGCUGGUCAGGGGAACUGCCACACAGUACACCUUAAUGAAGUUUUGUUAAAACAGGAAAUGACUGGGGGCUCUGUCAACUGUCUCUGGAUAACCUUCGGACUGAACAGGCUUUAAAUCAGACGGCUGAGCGUGAAGAACCCGCUCUUCGGACCCUGGGAUGUCUCUACUCCGCAGCCCACGCGGGCAUCAGGAAGUUUUGGGCAUCGGGGGGGAAAAGAAAACCGUCCGGACGAGUAAUGGUUCAAUUAACUGGGGAAGGAACUGCCCCCGUUUCAACGGGCCUGUCUGAACGUGCCUCUUUGCGUUUUAAAUGGGCGUGAUUUAACUGGGGAGCCUGAGCGGCAGUUGAGAUUCAAAGCGAUCCGAUGCGCUUUCGAAGAGAGCGGUAGAGACAAUAGCGAACGGGCGAGCGCGACCUGCGGUACCUGUGCUAGCACGCGCGCGCUCGGGCCGGCUUGUAGACGCUGCAAAACAGGAAGCAGAACACUAGUCCCUUUCGCUUCAGGACACGGCCUUCGACAGCCGCGUCCAUUUUCGGAUAGCCUGGUAGCGUUUGCUGCAUGUGUAUAUAUACCGUGUACUGUGUACCUUCUCGACGCGGAUGGGUCUGAACGUCACGUUCUCAGCAUGUGUAAAUAAACACCGCGAUCGUGGGUACACCA